CUCAGAAUAAACUCUCUUUAACCAUGGGUUUGACAGCACAGGAAAAACAGCUCAUCAACAGCACCUGGGGCAAAAUAAAUGCCAAAGCCAUAGGAAAAGAGGCCCUUGGCAGGCUGCUGAAUACUUUUCCCUGGACCCAAAGAUACUUUAGUUCUUUUGGGAACCUCAGCAGUGCUGAAGCCAUCUUCCACAAUGAAGCUGUGGCUGCUCAUGGUGAAAAGGUGGUGACAUCUGUUGGAGAGGCCAUCAAACACAUGGACGACAUAAAGGGCUAUUAUGCUCAGCUGAGCAAGCACCACUCAGAAACCCUACAUGUGGAUCCAGCCAACUUCAAGCGCUUCGGUGGCUGCUUGUCCAUUACCCUGGCUCACCACUUUGGUGAAGAAUAUACACCAGAAUUGCAUGCUGCAUAUGAACAUCUGUUUGAUGUAAUUGCCGACGCCCUUGGCAGGGGUUACCACUGAACCAGCCUCAAGAACACCUGAAUGGAGUCGCUAAGCUACAUAGAAACAACCUACAGUACACUUUACUAAAUGUUUUCCCCCCAAAAUGUAGCCAUUCAUAUGAGCUCCUAAUAAAAGAAAGUUUCUUCACA